AUGGGCGGGCAACUGUAUUUAGACCUUGGCUUUUUGCACCGCAUGGGCUUGGUCGCUGGGCUCAAAAGGUUACGGAUAUGGCCAUCGCAAUUGCUGGCCUUGGAUAAUGAAUACAAUUCCCAGAAUGCAGUUUAUCCUGUAGCUAACCAAAUCCUCCUGGUACUGAAGAAAACUCGCAACAUAUCCCCGUGCGAAAUACGCGGUAGCCUUCAACCCAAGCUCUUGACGUAUCUUGUAUCAAACGUGUCGUCUGAAAAUGUCACCAGGAACAGAACAGCCCGUGAUGCUGGUACAGACCAGGUGUUCAUUUCCGAAGCCGCUGUAACUCUCCCGCUCUUUUGGGCUCGCCGAGGUAGAACCGCGCAUCCGAAAGCUGAGGCGCAGGGAAGUCUUCCAGUGCGGAGAAGGCUCAAAUCAUGCACGCUCGAUGGCGAGAAACGUAUGGAUGCCAUAGGGCAGCGAGCCUCUCCACUCGCAGAGACGGGUCGUACGCUCGAAGGCGAGGCGGAAAUAUUUUCCGUGUAG